CCUAUAGGGCCUCAGGUCCAUAGUUUGGACCCGGCUCUACAGGACGUAAAACAGGAAACACGAUAAUAAUAAUAAUAAUAAUAAUAAUAAUAAUUGCUUUGGUAUUCAUAUCAAUACUCUUUAUUACACGGCAGACUGAGAUUUUUUAAGCACCUCAUCACAAAAACAAUUUCAUUUCCUCAAACAGAUGAGGCUAAAGGUAAUCAGCGUGCAUCGCCAUAAAUCAAUAAAUCAAUAGCUCCAAUGGCGACGGGCGGUGGCAAACAUCGGGACACAAAAGAGCCAUGGACAUCUAUAGCUCUGACAACGACUCCAAAGAGGAUAAAUACUGAGUCUCAUCAGCAGCCAGUCAGACUAGCUUGGUCUAGUCAGAAAGGCACGAACUGAGGAAGCCUCUUGGAUGAGAGGCGAAACGUCUUCACGGAUAUAUACCAAAUCCAGUUGCACUGGAUUCAGCUCCUCUGGAUAACCAUGACGACCCGGAUGAAGGAGAACAUUCACCGACAUCACCAUGCAUGUUACAGGAAACACACGUGGGAAAGCGAACGUUUUAAACCGACUGUCUUGCUUUUGGCUCAUCUGGAUUGUUUUGCUUCUUCAAGGGAACAACUCGAAUAUCUUGUUUUCUUAACUGUCAGCCUAAGCCCUGCCCAAUUUGGCACAACGAGCGAAUUCCCCAUCUAAACCCGCUAACGCAUAACACCUCGUUGCAGUGCACGAAAUAAAAGCGCGAUCCAUCUCCGCACAUCGUCCAUUUUCGCUCCUUCAGCUGAUUGUCAGCGUUGAUUUUAUUUCCCGGGAAAUUUUCCUGAUAAUGAGGUCACCCCGUGCGUUUCUCUCAGCCAAUCCCGACGCCCGAAAAACGAGUGGGCCCGCCCUCCGGCGAGAAUAACGACAGAAAACGGCGCAUUGCCAUAAAAGGAAUAUAUUCGCGCAUGCGUAUCGGGUCCAGUUUUGUUUGAAGUGAACUGCUGCCUGGAUUUGCCCACAGAGAGCACAGAGUCGGCUCAGCAAUAGCUUUUAAUAUUGCCUUUGUCCGAUCCCCCCCCCCCUCCAAAUUGUUUCGAGUGCCUCUAUGCAUUGUAGAAACGAUGUUAGGGCACCACUACCCGAACGCCGAGAAGUCACAACAACUAGUCAACUACGUGGAGGAUUAUCUGGAAUGUGUUGAAUCGCUGCCGCUGGACAUACAAAGAAAUGUGUCUCUGCUUCGAGAAAUCGACUCGAAGUACCAAGAGGUGCUGAAGGAGGUCGAUGACGUAUUUGAGAAGUACAAAGGUGAGCAAGAUGCGGCUCAGCGGAAGCGCCUCCAGAUCCAGCUGCAGCGUGCACUUAUCAUCAGCCAAGAGCUGGGGGAUGAGAAAAUCCAUGUGGUGACGCAGAUGACUGAGCUGGUGGAGAAUCGCUCCCGCCAGAUGGACUCUCACUCCUUGUGUCUCCAAGAGCCGGGCGAGGCUGAUCGACAGGCUAUGGAGAGGCGAUCUGGUGUCCAGGAGACCCCGGCGCCAGAGCGCUCAUCUGCGCGGCGUCCCCGCCGUCAACGUAACAGUGAGAGCCGUGACUCAUGCCACACGUCGGCCAAUGGCUCCCUGGUGGACGACCCUGUGGAGGAUCUGUCCGUUUCUCAGCCCAGAGAGAAGAAGUCCAAGUCUGCCAAGAAGAAGAAGCGUAAGUCUAAGCAGGAGCGUGACGCCUCACCUGUGGACUUUGCCAUUGACCCUAAUGAGCCCACCUACUGCCUGUGUGAGCAAGUGUCUUACGGCGAGAUGAUCGGUUGCGAUAAUGACCAGUGCCCCAUUGAGUGGUUCCAUUUCUCUUGUGUUGGGCUGACUUACAAGCCCAAAGGCAAGUGGUACUGCCCUAAAUGCAGAGGGGACAAUGAAAAGACUAUGGACAAAAGCCUCGAUAAGAACAGAAAAGACCGGCGGUCGAGGUAGUGACCAAUACCCCUUUCUCAUCUCUAAAGAAGUUCGCUCUUAGCCAAGGGUUAAGACUAUCAGACAUAGUUCUUAAUAGUACACAAGAUGUUGUGUGAGCACAAUCGGACAUCAAUAGUAGCAGUACUGCUAAUUCUUUAUCGAGAACUUGUGUUAACUUUGUGCUGUUACGUUGAUUAAUUCCAUUGGCUAUAACUGUAUUAUAGUCUUAGUUUCGUUGCUGUAAGAUUCAUCAGGAUGAUGUUGCCUUUACCCAUUUCUUUACUGUUUAUCCUCUUGAGAUUUUUAUUUUUUAUCAUGUGCCAGAAAAGAAUGAAAGUAUCAGCAUUUGUUUAUCUUUUUUCUUUUUUUUUAUUCUGCACAACAUUGUCAUUUACUUUAACGUGAAAUUGAUUAUUGUCUUCAUGUUGUCAGGGUUUACUCUUAAGAAAAUGUUUUGUCUUUUUUUUUUUUUUGGAUUCCCCCCUCCCCCCUUAUUCUGCCCAAUUGUAUCUGGCCAAUUACCCCUCUUCCGAGCCGUCCCGGUCGCUGCUCCACCCCCUCUGCUGAUCCGGGGAGGGCUGCAGACCACCACAUGCCUCCUCCCAUACAUGUGGAGUCGCCAGCUGCUUCUUUUCACCUGACAGUGAGGCGUUUCACCAGGGGAUGUAGCACGUGGGAGGAUCACGCUCCCCCCAGUUCCCCCUCCGCCCCCGAACAGGUGCCCCGACCGACGAGAGGAGGCGCUGGUGCAGCGACCAGGACACAUACUCACAUCCGGCUUCCUAUCUGCAGACACGGCUAAUUGUGUCUGUAGGGAUGCCCGACCAAGCCAGAGGUAACACGGGGAUUCGAAGCCCUUUUUUAAAAUUUUGAGGUGAUAUACUUUAUUGAUCCCCGUAGGGAAAUUAUGCUCUGCAUUUAACCCAUCCUAGCUGGGUAGCUAGGAGCAGUGGGCAGCUGCCAUGCAGUGCCCGGGGACCAACUCCAGUUCUUCUUUUCAUUGCCUUGCUCAGGGGCACAGACAGGAGCAUGUCUUUUUGGUGGUGGGGGAAACCAGAGCACCCGGAGAAAACCCACCACAGACACGGAGAACAUGCAAACCCCACGUGUCCUCCGAUACAUGUGGCGUUGCCAGCUGCUUCUUUUCACCUGACAGUGAGGAGUUUCACCAGGGGGACGUAGUGCGUGGGAGGAUCACGCUACUCCCCCCUGUUCCCUCUCCCCCCCGAACAGGCGCCCCGACCGACCAGAGGAGGCUCUAGUGCGGCGACCAGGACACAUACCCACAUCCGGCUUCCCACCCACAGACACGGCCAAUUGUGUCGGUAGGGACGCCUGACCAAGCCAGAGGUAACACAGGGAUUCGAACCGGCAAAUCCUGUGUGGGUAGGCAACGGAAUAGAACGCCACGCCACCCGGACGCCCUAGAAAUGUUUUGUCUUUUAACUCAUGAAGUUUCAUUCCUAAUUCGAUGUCAAAUAUUUAAUGGGUGACUGUCUAUACAUGAUAGCAGUGGGGAGAGGUAAUAUGUUUGGCUUGGAGAAUCCCUUUCACAUAGAAAAUAUAAAAGGUAUUUUCUGAGAUUAGAAAUAUUAAAAUUAUGAUGCGCUGAAAGAAAUGAGGUCGAUUUUAUAUGACACUGGAGUAGGACUUCAUGUUUAUGGACACUAUGUUGUUAGUCACUAUCGUAACAUAACUAUUGCAUACAUUUCUUUUUUUAUACUCAUUAAAACAGUUACACAGC